AGAGUCACUGCCUGGUUAACUGCUCAGAGGGACACUAUUACCGAUCUGGUAACUGCCUAGAGUGCCCUGUUGGAUUCUACUGCCCAGGUGGCCAGAUGGCUCCACGGUGGUGUCCUGAAGGAACAUAUAAUAAUCUGACAGGUCAGGUGGAGGUCACAUCUUGCCAGGUCUGCCCAGAUGGAUACCUCAGCUUGGAAACCAGGGCUGGCUGUCGGAUGUGUCCAGAUGGCUACUGGUGUGAUCCACAGAGUGGUCUGCAGAAACGCUGCCACCCUGGUCAGUAUUCACCUGAAGGGGAGACAGAGUGCUGGCGAUGCCCCAAAGGCUACAUCUGCCCUGAUGGACAAGAGAAACAGCAUUGCCGAAGUGGCCAGGAGCCCAAUCCCACUCACACACUUUGUGUAUCCUGUCUUCCUGGAUUUUACUCUGUGGAAGGGACUCCAGAAUGCCAGCCCUGUCCAACAGGCCAUUAUUGCCCUCACGUUGGCACUGUUCAACCACUUCCAUGUCCACCUGGCUUCUGGACCUAUGCUGCCCAGCAGACUGAAUGUCAAAAGUGUAAUGGAAGUUCUUGCUGUCCAAAUGGCAUAGGUCACUUCCAUGCCGAUGGGCUUACUAUGGCACCGUGCCCAGUUGGAAGCUAUGAGCCCAGAGAACGUUUCACAAGGUCCACCAAUGCUUCCUUGUACUUCCCAGGAACCAAGCACGCAAUGCAGUACAAGUGUGGCGCCGGCACCUGGAGCAACCGGACAGGUCUAGUGACAGCGCAAGACUGUGCCUUGUGUCCAUCAGGGUGGUUCUGUAUGGCAGGUGCUCAGGCCCCUUCGGGAAGCUGCAGCGCAGGCCAUUACUGCCCAGAAGCAUUCCACAUGGGCAUCAAAAUGGAGAGUGGAGAUAUUUGA